UGACGUCAUCACUCAAGGACCGCGGGGCAUCCCGGGACGGGAGGGAGAAACUGGCCCUCCUCGCGGGCUCUCGGGCGCCGUGCGCAUGCGCCUCCCCACUCCGGAAGUGAGUCCAAGGAGGCCGCGUCACCAUAGCAACUGAGGCCUUCUCUGCUGCUUCGAGCCGCCGCUCCACCACCUGAACCUCUUCGAGGUUCAUUUCCUCCCCCUGCCCCGGGGGCCCCCAUCAUCUCACUAAAUGAUCGGGCCAGGGGCCCUUGUGACGUUGGGCUGAGCCGGGAGGGGUCAGGGACUGGGUGGGGAUGGGGCGCGACCACCCCACGGGCCGCUGGCGGGAUGGGUCUUUGCAAGUCCAAGCUGCCCCAGAUGGGCAGGUCCCUGAGGCCCCAGGAGAAGGACAUCCUCAAGUCUCCCCUGAUCGUCUUCGUGAUGGGCGGCCCAGGCUGUGGCAAAGGGACACAGUGUAAGAACAUGGCGACCAAGUAUGGCUUCUGCCACGUGGGGCUGGGCCAGCUGCUGCGGCAGGAGGCCCAGUGUGGCACCCGGCGGGGCCAGAAGAUCCGUGACAUCAUGCUGCAGGGGCUCCUGGUGCCCACGGGUGUCAUUCUAGAUCUGAUCAGCGACAACAUGUUGUCCUGCCCGGAGAGCCGGGGCUUCCUCAUCGACGGCUUCCCCCGGGAGCUGACGCAGGCCAAGGAGUUCGAGCGCAUUGUGGGCCGGGCCCCCAACAUGGUCAUCGUGUUUGACUGUUCCAUGGAGACGAUGGUCCAGAGGGCGCUGCGCCGGGGCCAGGUGGAGCACCGGGCGGAUGACUGUGAGUCGGCCAUCCGCCAGCGCCUGGAGACGCACUACACCCUGUGUGAGCCUGUCCUGACUUUCUACCAGCAGAAGAACCUGCUCCGAAACAUCUUGGCAGAAGAAGCUCCAGAAAACAUUUUUGCCAAGUGCUGCUCUGUCAUCGAAAGCCUGCGGUGAGACGGGAGGGCGCUGGGGUCUCUGCCUUUCCCCUCACCCCAGGACCUGCACAGGCUCAGAAG